UCAUCUAGGCUAAAUGUCGUUACGUGUGUACUUGUGGAUAGUCACUGCAUCGAAUUAUUUGUAAGAUUGGAACAUAAUUCUUUCCUGGAUUCACAUUAGGUGUAUUUAUUGAAAAUAUAAAUGGAGGAUAAAGGGGAGAACGGACAAGCUGUAAAAUACUACCGACUGUCAGAAAUCGAGGAACAGAAUACGUUCAAGAGUACAUGGAUUAUAAUCAACUUUAACGUCUACGAUAUUACCAAAUUUCUGGAAGAGCACCCGGGUGGAGAGGAGGUCUUGAGGGAACAGGCAGGUGGUGAUGCCACGGAGAGCUUUGAAGACGUCGGGCACUCAUCAGAUGCCAAGGAGAUGGCUGCAAACAUGGUCAUAGGAGAACUGCAUCCAGAUGAUCGGCCAAAGAUGGCCAAACCUUCAGUGUCACUUGCCACCACAAUCGAGGAAACCUCAAGUUGGUGGACAAACUGGUUGAUCCCCGGUUUGGCUGCGGCAGUUAUCACGGUUAUGUACCGCAUGUACACGUCCGUGGAGCAGUGACCGUGCCAUCGGUCCAUCACCUUUGCCAAUCAAAUGUAAAUCACAAUCACUGGCUACAAAAUGACCACUACAGAGCCUGCAUUUUACCCCUGAGAAACCACUGCUAGUUUUGGGGAUUUGCACAGCUCAUAUGCAGCAUUGCAAUAUCCACGAUUAAUUUAAUGUUUUUCAUCCAAUCACUCGGCAUCAUGUUAAUGAAGGCAUAUACUUUU